AUGUCACUAAAAAACCUCAAUCCGAAAGAGUUUGACGGAAUUCUAGCCACCGCUUCAAGCUCGCGUUCAGGUAAAAAUCCAGCAAUUCAAGAAACAAAAUUUGCUACAGGGAAAAAAAAUAAAAAAACACAUUCAGUCCAUGCUCUGAAUGAGAGCUCUAGUAAAGUCGGCAGUAAAAAAAGAAUGAGUAGACACUUGAAUUCCUCGAAGGUAUCUGAGGUUAAAGAAGGUUGUGAAAUGAAAUCGAGUAAUGAAUACUUAAAAAUUGCUGCUGGUGAAGAGUCAUCUGGUUUUACUGCAGAAUUUAAUACCAAAUCCGAGGAUAUUGCUCAAGGACUAAAAAGAAAAAAUAACCAAGCGGAUACUAAACCAAAUAAUAAGCGUUUUAAAGUAUCAACACCAAAAAUUGCACAGUCGGCAUCGAAUUCUACGGAUUUUGGUCAUCUGAAACAAAAUCCAUAUGAGGAUGAUCAGGAUGAUCAGGAUCAUAAUGAUUCAAAAGAGGAGCUAGGCAAUGAGAUACGAAGCUCGUUAAAAGAGUUUAAGGAAGAUCUGGGCAAUGAAACACGAAACUUGUUAAAGGUUCAGGAAGAUCUGAGAAAAGAAAUACGAAACUCGUUAAAAGUUCAGGAAGAUCUGAUAAAAGAAAUACAAAAUUCGUUAAAAGAGUUUAAGGAUGAUCUGAGCAAUGAAAUACAAAAAUUGUUAAAGGUUAAGAAAGGUCUGAAGAAAGAAAUACGAUCGUUAAAGGGAUUUAAGGAAGAUCUGAGGAAAGAAAUUAAAGAAGAGUUUGCAUGGGGAUUGAAUGAGAUGAAAACAGAAAUACGACCGUUGAAGGAAUUUAAGGAAGAUCUGAGGAAAGAAAUUAAAGAAGAGUUUGCAUGGGGAUUGAAUGAGAUGAAAACAGAAAUACGACCGUUGAAGGAAUUUAAGGAAGAUCUGAGGAAAGAAAUUAAAGAAGAGUUUGCAUGGGGAUUGAAUGAGAUGAAAAAAGAACUGUUAGCCAAUGUCUUAAAAGAGGGAAAAGGCGAAAAAGAGGGCAAUGAAAUACGAAACUCAUUAAGGGAGUUUAAAGAAGAACUUAAGAAAGAGCUAAGAGAGGAGUUUGCAAGAGAAUUAAAUAGGAUGAAAAAAGAACUCAAUAAUGACACAGAAAUAAAGGAUAGGGAAAAUACGGAGGAUAUGGAAGAGGAUACGAUCCACUCGACAGCAGAAUCAUCUUCCGAAGAUGACGAGUCUUCGGAGGAAGAUUCCAACUCGUCAACAGAGGAAUCGGAGGACGAUAGUUCAUCCUCAGGCCGGUGCUCGCCACCAUUGAUACAUCAAGAUUAUAUACGCACGGAAAGAGUAGAAAUUGCUGCUAAGCUGUUCAAAAGAAUUGAACCACCACCGCCGAUGUUUAAGGAUCUUCCUGGAAUUAUAGAAGAGAGCAAUCGGCAAUGGGAGAAGAAGCAGAAACAAAUAGAGGAAGAUAAAAUGGAGAGGUUGAGAGAGGCUGAGAGGAGACGUGAGAAUUUCAGAACGGCGUCAGCGAUGAUUAGUGAGUUGUUUCCAGAGUCGUCAGACUCAGACUGA